AUAGAAGAAGUAGGUGGAAAAUAUGUUACUUUGGCUGAUAAUUUUCAUCCCUGGAUGGACCCUGUCUUUGGGGUCUGAAACAGAACCAGAUUUUACGUGGCACCUGAGCCGAAUACCCCAGGUUGUGAGUGAGAAGACGAUCCACCUUGCCAGCCCCACGUUCCAGGCGGACGCUGCGGCGGUCAAGGCCACGGUGUGUGGCAUCGAAUGUCAGGAAGAACUCCCGGCUCCCAGCCUCUCCCAGCUGGAAGAUUUCCUUUCCUAUGAGACGGUCUUCGAGAAUGGCACCCGGACCUUAACCAGGGUGAAAGUUCAAGGCCUGGUCUUGGAACCCACUCAGAACAGCAGCAUAAAAGGAGCACGCCCUAGGAGGAGAAGGCAGGUGUACGGUACCGACAGCAGGUUCAGCAUCUUAGACAAAAGGUUCUUGACCAAUUUCCCUUUUAAUACAGCGGUGAAGCUGUCCACCGGCUGCAGCGGCGCCCUCAUUUCCCCCAACCACGUGCUCACGGCUGCCCACUGUGUCCACGACGGGAAGGACUAUGUCAAAGGUAGUAAAAAGCUGAGGGUGGGAGUGCUGAAGAUGAGAAAUAAAGGAGGCCGCAAGAAACGCAGAGGUUCCAGGAGGAGCCGGCGAGAAGCAGAGAGUGGUGGCCAAAGUCUGGAGCAUCCUCAGGCGAGCACCACCCAAAGACCAGGGAAAAAAUCCAGGCGGGGUCCUAGAGUCGCCCAAGGAAGGCCUUCCUUCCAAUGGACCCGCGUCAAGAGCACCCACAUUCCCAAAGGCUGGGCAAGGGGAGAGAAUGGGGACCCGGCCUUGGACUUCGACUAUGCACUCCUGGAGCUGAAGCGCGCACAAAAGCAGCAGCACAUGGAGCUGGGAGUCAGCCCCACCAUCACCAAGCUGCCGGGAGGUCGGAUCCACUUCUCGGGAUUUGAUAACGACAGGGAUGAUCAGUUGGUGUAUCGGUUUUGCAGCGUUUCCGAGGAAUCCAAUGACCUCCUGUAUCAGUACUGCGACGCUGAGGCAGGCUCCACCGGCUCUGGGAUCUACCUGAGGCUCAAAGAGCCAGGCCAAAAGAAUUGGAAGCGCAAGAUCAUCGCGGUCUACUCGGGCCACCAGUGGGUGGAUGUGCACGGAGUUCAGAAGGACUAUAACGUGGCUGUGCGUAUCACUCCGCUCAAGUACGCCCAGAUUUGCCUCUGGAUCCACGGAAACGCUGCCAACUGUGCUUAUGGCUGAGGGAAAACUGAAGCGAGGUCAGGCACAUCUUGAAUCCCAGAGAAAGCCAGCUCUCAUUGUGAGACCACUCACAGGCUAGGCCUAGACUUGGACUAUCAGUGGUUUUUACGGCUUUUUUUUUUUUUUACAGACUUCUUUUAUCAAAAUUAGGUUACUUUCGCACAGUUAAAAAUGUUUAGUUACAGAUUCUGAAACUAUAUGGCACUUCAGCGACAAGUAUAUACUCUUUAUGCGAUGGUAAGUUUCGUUUUAGGGAAAACCAUUUGUUUACUUGGGCCUUUUAGGAUUCCAGACUCUCCUUAAAACAUCAGACCAGAACUGUGAUGUGACUUCUAAUGGACUAGCUCUUGAGUCCUACUCUAGGAAGAACCUAGGAGAUACGUUUGACCUUUAUGGAAAAUAUGAAGGUUUACAGUAAGUAACACAAUUAGAAUCAAGGGAGACAAGGAAGUUUAGUUUGCGAUGUGAUGAGACGUAGCUAUUCCACUCUUGCCCUCAGUGUUUAUAUGUGUCUUCUCUUGGAACUGAGAAAUUUAUUUCAGGAACUACAGAUCAAAACAUAUAAAAAUUACCAAUCAAAAUAUACUAGUGAGCUGCAUAAACAACACUAUUGACUAUGGCUUUAAAAAAAAACCCUGCAUCAGCCAUGUCCAUCUAAAAUUUGGAGAAACACUUUGUCCUGUGUCACGAACCAAGUUUACAGACGUUGAAGGCCGAGACACUUUAAGAUCUCAAGUUUUACGAAUUUUUCAAGAAAUACAGAGAAGCCAUUUCACAAGCUACCAUCCUCUGGGGAGAGCCACACCCUUUUGUGUUAUACUUUCUACUGUGUGUGAGGUGCUAUAUUUUUUGAGUGAGGUAUUCUGAAGUCUUGUUCAAGAGAGAACCCACCUACCCCCAACUCUGAGAUACCAAAGAAGGUUCUGAGGCUUCUCAUAAGGGACCAAGGUGGCAUCCUCGCUCUGUCUCCCAAGGGGCAUUAAACAGUUAUUGGGUGUCACCCCUGAGCAAAAUGCAGGGCAGGCAUUCAAGACACACCUCACGGACACACACGGCUGUGGUGAACGGCUACAAACACGGGCUAAGUCAGGGCAUUAUGCGUAAAUGGUUUUGAUGAUAUAAUUGAGUACACACUAAGAUCUAAGUAGCCAAGGGCCCAAUCUUUAGUCUACUCUUCUAAGGCCACAUAUUUUCUCUCACUCAAUCCAUUGCCAGGGUGAAACCUUUUUCUGUUAGGCGUGUCCUAAUAAAGACUACAAAUUAAGAAAUAAUGUUGUUUCCUAUUUUUGUUUUUUGUUAUAGUCUUUUUUUUUUCUUUCUUUUUUAUUGGAGCUGGGGACUGAACCCAGGGCCUUGCGCUUGCUAGGCAAGCGCUCUACCACUGAGCUAAAUCCCCAACCCCUUUCUGUUAUAGUCUUGAUCAGUAUACAAAGGCAUAUCUUCUUCUUUUGGGUUAACGUAAAUGGUGCUCAAAAUAUGUGGCAUUCUUUUAUAAUGUGAGCUGUUAAAAAUAAUUCAAUAAAAUUAAAGGAUAAAUAUAUAU